UCUUAUCAUUUUGAAGCUGGCGAAGGAAGUUCAAAAAAGGCUAACAAAACUGGUAGUAAAAAUGUUUGCGGGUCCAAAUCUUUAUGAUUAUGUCAUUUGUCCCAACGCUGGCUCGCACCUGGUAAUGCUGUCUAACAUGCCCUUCCAUUUGCCGGGUUGUGCCAAGAAAUUUCCAUCGGCCAAUUUGGCCCGCUGUCCAUAUAACAGCACCCAUAUGUACACUAUUGACGAUAUAUUUGAACAUGUCAUCCAGUGCCCGAGCUUCAUCCGUGGAAGUGAGGAGAAGAAGGAACUUAAAGAAACUGUUGAGGACUGGGAUGCCGAGCCGCCAGUCCCGACAUAUAAUCCGAAUAUCCACUGUGAGGCGAAUCCUAUCAUCCGUAGUCUGCACGGUGCUACGCGCUCCGCUCGUAAGGCGUUCCGCGAAAGGGAACGCAAGCGAAUCAUGGAUUUGAAUAAUUUUCAUUAAUAUGUGAACAUACAAGUCAUACAACGUAUUAAUGCACAUACAUAUAAACAUAUACAACAUACAUACAAAUAAACAUUUGUUAUUUGAUACAUUUCCAAAAAGGA